GUGGUGCUGCAGUGCCCCCGCUGUGCCGAGCUCGGUGCGGCGCCCGGCCCGUGGCGCUCAGCCGGCCCCGCGCUGGAGAUGGGACGGGCUGGUGCGAGCAGAAAUCCCUGUAAAGCCGAGGCCUUGCCAGGACAUCCUGUGUCUCAGACUGAAUUACCAGCAAAGGAUGGAGAACAUCCUGGCUAGCUUGUGUGGGACCAGCCCAGAAGAUCCACUCCCUGUGUGGGUUCAUGGCAGCGUUGGCCAUUGCUUUAACCAGCUGACACUAAGCGUGGUGCCUCAUGUGAUCCUUGCAGUGGUCAGUGCCUGUUUCCUUGGCACUCCGAGGUCUGCCUCUGGUGUGCCUUGCAGCUCAAGCUGGGGGUGGAGAAUCGCUACCUCCUUUGUCCUUGCUGGCUUGUUCCUUGCUGACACCAUCCCAGCCACCAUUUCCCAGCAGGAGCUGGGCCCUGUGUACCUGGAAGUGCUGGCCAAUGGCACUGCUGCCCUGGCAUGGCUGGUGCAUGCUUUCGCUCUUCUCAUGCUCUGCAGGUCCAUUCAUGGCUUCACCAGGGGCCCUGCAGCCCUGGCUCUCCUCACUGUCUUACCCCUACCUUCCUCCAUCAUCACCCUGCUGUGGUACUGCCAGAGUGGGACAGCUUGGUCCCCUGCCCACCCCGGUGCCUCUGCCAGGUUCGCCAUUCUGUGUCUGCAGCUGGCCUCUCUGCUUGCCUAUGUGGUCAGCUACCUCUUCCCCACUGCUGCCAGGCAAGACUUCCUCUCCAUCAAUCGCUCCUGGCAAGAGGAUCAGCCCGUCUCAGAGCCAGGGAUCCCAGUGUCUGACCAGCAGAGAGUGGCAGAAGAUGGUGAGAGCUGGCUCUCCCGCUUCUUUUACACCUGGAUGAACCCCCUUAAGCGUGGCUACCAGCAGAAGCUGAACCAGCCACAGGACGUCUAUGUACUUCCUCACCGGCUCCAGGCUGUCCGGGUCUGCGACCGAUUCUACUCUUGCUGGCAAAAGAAGGCAGCUCUUCAGCAAGCAGAGGAGGAGACAGUGUCUCUUACCAGCCCAAUCAUUGCUGGAGGUGAUGGGAGCAGUGAUGCUCCAGACAGCCCACACCGUGCCCAGAAAGCUGUGCACCUCCUGUCAGUCCUUCACGCGGCCUUCGGGCUCCGUUUCUACACCCUUGGACUUCUCAAGCUGGCUGACAGUCUGCUGGAUUUUUCGGGUCCUCUGCUUCUAAACUUGCUGGUGAACUUUAUGGAGUCACGGCAGGAGCCCCUGAGCCAUGGGAUUCUGUAUGCCCUUGGGCUCUUUGCUGGCUCCUUCCUGGGCGCUCUCCUGCGGAGCCAGUUCAGGUAUGAGAUGAACAAGAUGGCGCUGAUGGUGCGGGCCGCCGUCAUCUCCGCCAUCUACCGCAAGGCUCUGCGCGUCAGCAGCACCAGCCUUGCCCGCUUCACUGUGGGGGAAAUUGUCAACUUCAUGAGCACAGACACUGAUAGGUUGGUCAACUUCUGCUACAGCUUCCACGAGUUGUGGAGCCUGCCUGUCCAGCUUGCCAUUACCCUCUACCUCCUGUACCAGCAAGUGGGGAUAGCCUUCCUUGGAGGCGUGGCCCUGGCACUGCUGCUGGUGCCCAUCAACAAGAUCAUAGCUAACCGCAUCAUGGUGAACAACGAGGAGAUGCUGAAACACAAGGACACACGAGUCAAGCUAAUGACAGAGUUCCUGUGUGGCAUUCGGGUGAUCAAGUUUUAUGCCUGGGAGCAGCACUUCAGCACCAGGAUAAAAUCCUGCCGGGCUAAAGAGCUGCAGAAGCUACGGGCCAUCAGUUACCUGGAUGCUUUGUGUGUGUACAUGUGGGCAGCACUCCCUGUUGUUAUCUCCAUUGCCAUCUUUGUCACCUUUGUCCUGUUGGGUCACCAGCUCACUGCCACAAAGGUGUUCACAGCGUUGGCCCUUGUUGGGAUGCUUAUUCUACCCCUCAACAGCUUCCCAUGGGUGCUGAAUGGGAUCUUGGAGGCCAAAGUUUCCCUGGAUCGAAUCCAGCAAUUCUUUGAACUCAUGGACCAGGACCUGGAAGCUUAUUAUGCCCUAGAUAGCCCUUCAGAUACUGCUACUGCCAUGGAGAUGCAAUGUGCAGCCUUCUCAUGGGUGCCAGCUGAGGAGGAGAGCACCAGACAGCCCUCCUCCACAGGCAGUCUGCAACUGCACAUCGAGAACCUGUCAGUGAGAAAGGGAAUGCUCCUGGGGGUUGUUGGGAAGGUUGGCUCUGGCAAAAGCUCUCUGCUUGCAGCCAUCACUGGAGAGCUCAUUAAACAAAGUGGACGAGUGUAUGUUUGUGACCUGGAGCAAGGAUUUGGUCUGGCCACACAGGAGCCUUGGAUUCAGUUUACCACUGUCCGCAAAAACAUCCUUUUUGGGCGGGAAUAUGAUGCCAGGCUGUUCAAGGAGGUGCUGGAGGCCUGUGCCCUCUCCGAGGACCUAAAUAUUUUACCAGCAGGUGACCAGACAGAGGUGGGUGAAAAUGGUGUGACACUCAGUGGGGGACAGAAGGCUCGAAUAGCCCUUGCCAGAGCUGUUUACCAGGAUAAAGAACUUUACCUCCUUGAUGAUCCCCUGGCUGCUGUUGAUGCAGAUGUAGCCAAACAUAUUAUGUGGAAAUGCAUUUUUGGAAUUCUCAAACAUAAGACCAGGGUCCUUUGCACUCACAGGACAGAGUUUUUGGAGAAGGCCGAUGCCUUGUUGCUGAUGGACAAUGGCAGGAUAGUUAAGACAGGCACACCAGCUGAUAUCCUGCCACUUGUUGAAGCCUUCCCCAAGUUCAAGGAUACAGACAAGGGGGAUAAGGAUAAAGCCCCUAAUGAACAGGGACAGGAAGAGGUCAUAAAGACAGAGGCAGAAGAACCAACCCAAAACCAUAAUCUCAUCCACAAGGAGGAAGAGAAGAAAGAAGGGGCAGUGGCUUUUCAGGUGUACAAGGCCUAUUGGAUGGCAAUGGGCAGCUGCUUAGCAAUAUCAAUCCUCUUCUCACUGUUGCUGAUGCAAGCAUCCAGAAAUAUCUCGGAUUGGUGGCUGUCAUACUGGAUCUCCAGCAUAUCCCAGACAGCAAAUACCUCUGUGAUGGCCUGCUCAGCUUCCCUGCCUUCCCCAGAGCUGCUUCUCUUCUCCACUGCUGGGCUUGUUUCCCCCAUUCAAGAUCUGGACAAGACCCCAGCCCCUCCCAAUGUCUCAGUGGAUGUGUAUUUCUACCUGAUAGUGUAUGGGAGCAUUGCAGGGGCCAAUUCCCUCUUCACCAUUAUUCGGGCGUUCCUUGCUUAUGGUGCUCUCCGUGCUGCCUCUGUCAUUCACGACCGACUGCUCCAAAGGGUUCUGAAGGCCACAGUCACCUUCUUUGAUAGCACACCAACAGGCCGCAUCCUGAACCGCUUCUCCUCGGACCUGUACUGUGUGGAUGACAGCCUGCCAUUCAUCCUCAACAUCUUCCUAGCCAACAUCUACGGGCUCUUGGGCAUGCUGGUGAUAAUGACCUAUGGCCUCCCUUGGAUUGGUCUGGUCUUGCUCCCUCUGGCUGUAGUCUACUUCUUCAUCCAGCGCUAUUACCGAUUCACAUCGCGGGAGCUGAAGCGCCUGCACAGCAUCACCCUAUCUCCCAUUUACACCCACUUCUCAGAGACCCUCUUGGGACUGAGCACCAUCAGAGCCAUGCGGGCAACAAAGAGGUUUGAGUUGGAGAAUGAGCUGCAUCUGGAGCAGAACCAACGCUGUCUCUUUGCCAGCAAAACAGUGAUGGAGUGGCUGGACAUCCGCUUGCAGAUGAUUGGGGUUGCUGUGGUUACUGCUAUAGCAGGGAUUGCCAUCAUCCAGCACCAGAAGCAGCUGGGAAAUCCAGGACUUGUGGGCCUGGCAUUGUCAUAUGCUCUGUCUGUCACACACCUGCUCUCAGAUCUCAUUGACAGUUUCACUCACACAGAGAUGAUGAUGGUGAGUGUGGAGCGGACAGAGGAGUACACCACAGACAUCCCCAUGGAGCCUCAGGAUAAAUUGGUCCAGGUUUCUGCUGACUGGCCAAGCAAGGGGCUUGUGGAGUUCCAGCAGGUGGUCCUGGCAUACAGACCAGGCUUGCCUAAUGCACUUGAUGGCGUGAGUUUCACUGUUUACCCUGGAGAGAAGCUGGGCAUUGUGGGUCGCACAGGAUCUGGGAAAUCCAGCCUUUUCUUGGCCCUUUUCCGUAUGGUGGAGAUGAAAUCGGGCCAGAUUCUCCUCGAUGGUAUUGACAGCCAGCUGGUGGGCUUGGAGGAGCUGAGGUCUAGGCUGGCCAUCAUUCCGCAGGAUCCAUUUUUGUUCAGUGGCUCAAUCAGAGAAAACCUGGAUCCCCAGGGAAAGCGGACGGAUGCUGAGCUCCGGGAGGUGCUGGAGCAGUGCCACCUGUGGGAUGCUGUUACUCAGAUGGGUGGACUGGACAGCGAGCUGGGAGAGAGGGGAAGGAGUCUGUCUGUGGGACAGAGGCAGCUGGUGUGUCUGGCCAGAGCCCUCCUGACGCAGGCCAAGGUGCUGUGCAUCGAUGAGGCCACAGCCAGCGUGGAUCAGCAGACAGACCAGCUGCUGCAGCAGACCAUCCGCCAGCGCUUCACCGACAAAACUGUUCUGACCAUUGCUCACAGGCUGAACACCAUCCUGGACUCGGACCGUGUGCUGGUGAUGCAUGCUGGGAGAGUGGCAGAGCUGGAUUCACCCACCCGCCUCAGCCAGAAAGAUGGCUCCUUGUUCCAGCACCUCCUGCACAGCAGGCAGCAAUGAUCUCCCUCCUGGGCUCAGCCCAGGCAGCCCUUCCAGCUGGGUGGCUGGCAUUCCUCACACCUCAGACACCAGCCCUGUCCCUGCAGGGCCAGGAGCUGCUGAGGUGAGGGAGGGGCUUAUUCCUGCCUGCAGGCAGCAGUUGUGUGUCCUCAGGGACAGGAGUGUGGCACUGUGGCCUUUCCUUUAAUAGGGAAGAUGUGACCUGCUGUUCAGAGUUAUGCAAGCCUGGGUGGUGGGAUCCUGCUCCCCUCCAAGGCUUCCCUUUGAGAUUACAGAGGGAUUUUCUACUCACUGAAGAAUCAGUAACUCCUAGUUUGAGACUUAGUCUGACAUAUGCAAUGUAAAAUAAAGUGGAAAUAUCCUGUGAAGCUGUUGAUUCAAGUCCUUGGCCCUUUUCCUCACCAG